AUGAAGGAGAGGAGCAUCAAAUUCAAGCCACAGCCCUUCCAUCCCAAUGUGGUCAACAGAGAUCGUCUGGCCCUCGACGACUUAGAAGGGAAGGGGAUUGUCAGCGAUGCCAAGGAAAAACUCCACAGACAGGAGAUGCUGAGGAACCAGGACGACAUCGAGAGGCUUAAGAGGCAGCUGAGCGCCGCCAACAGGCAGAACCACAGCUGCAGGAGGAAGGAGGAGAACCAGAUGAAGGAGAACGACCGCCUCCGGGGAAUGAUCGCAGACAUGGAGGGCCGCCUGUCUGUCGCCGAGCGGAACAUCGCCAAGAAAGAGGCGGCCGCCAACGACCUGCAGCAGAGGCUGAGACAAGCCGAAGAGGAUAACCGCCAGAUGAGAAAGAAGUUCGAAGGCCAGGAACAGGAAAUAAGAAAAGGGCGAAGCGUGGGCGACGACCUGCGACGUCAGGUCCAAGAGGCGAACGCCCUAGUCGCCAAGCUGCGCCAAGACAACGAGAAGAUGAGGUGCGAACUCAGCCAGAAGGAAAAGGAAGUCCGAAGGAUGAAGUCGAAGUGGAACAAAGAUGGCGCUGACGCCAAGCAGCUGAAGGCUGAACUCGCACAGAAGAAAGCUGUGAUCAACAAGCUGGAGGCCGACCGAGGGCGACUGGAGAACGAAUACGAGGUUUUAAGGAACAACUUCAGUGUCAUGAAGGCCCACUUCCUAGAUCACAAAGGCGAAAAGGACAAGAUCGCCGCACAACUCAGCAUACUGGUGCAUGGUCGGGGCGAGGACGAGGAAUCGCUGAGGGAUCUGGACCAGCGCCUGGACAGCCUCUUACAAGUCUACAGGCAAUACCAGCACAAUGCGAGGAGCCCCAUUCUCCCGAGCGCUAUAGCACGAAUCCGCAGAAGAUAUCAAGGCAGUUGCCAAUAA